AUGGAGCAAAUAUUCCUGUUUGAAAUUUUCGUCAAAAGGAUCGUACUCAAGAUAGAACCACCCACAAAAGAUGAGUACGAACUCCGGAUGGAAGAAGAGGAAAGAAAAAGGGAGGCUGAAGCACUUGCAGCUCUAGAAGCGUUAAAAAAAGGCAAAAAAGGAAAAGCAAAGAAACCACCUAAGCCAAAGAAAGGCAAAAAAGGUAAAAAGGAACCCCCAGGUCCUUCAGAGGAAGAAAUGAAAUAUAUGCAAACAUGUACUGUACAAAUGAAUUGUCUCCCACUCUUCGAUUUGUAUGUGGCUCAUGACAACUUUGUCGCUCCUCCUCCACCACCGCCGCCACCCAAAGCAGGAAAAAAGGGGAAGAAAGCGAAACCAAAAAAGAAAAAAAAAGGAAAGAAAGGCAAACCGGUAGUUUUCAAACUCGCUUUACCUUCGGAGCCCUUACCACAGCCACCAUAUUUUGGUGUUGGAAGUUCAAUUAUGAUUCUUUCAAGGCCCGGUAUGUUAGAAGAGAUUUUACGAAAGACUCCUAUAUACAUACAAGUUUGGAAUAGAGAAGAACAUAUGAAUUGCAUCGGUUUUUGUAUAGUUGAAUGGCACGAGACUUUCCUAGAAUGUGUUAAAAGGUCGGGCGAUUACAAUCCUGUCGAUAUGGACCAAGCGGAAUAUAGAAACCCAGAAAAACCGGAAAUGUUCUCAAAUACUGUUCAAUUCAUACAACCCUUGCAAUGUGAAGAAGAUUUAAAAGCUUCAGGAGAAGUUGAAUUUUAUGUACGUUUAAGUUGUUUAGGGAACAAAGUGAUAUCCUAUUUCAUUCAAUUACCCGAAAUGGAAAGAUUACCCGGUCGAAAGUAUUUGAACGACGAAUUGAAACUGAGAGAUCUCGAAGUAGUUCGUCACUGGGAAGGGACUUAUAUAGAAAAUGUUCCACCUGUGGCUUAUUUCUUUGGAGCCCCAGAUAUAAUGAGAGAGCCAGUGGUACCUGUAGAGAAAGAAGUAGUAUAUGAAGACUUUGUGGCUCCGUUUACUAACAGCGAAUUGGCAAUACUAGCUAUGGGAUUCCCUAAAGGACCAUGUGGCGGGACGAACUGUCCUAAACGUAUGGAUUUCAGAGGGAGUCAGCAUCAAUUUAUCCAUGGCGAUACAGUUAAAGGUAAGUAUCAGCAUGGACAGUUUGUUAACAAACGAGAUCUUCACGGACCCUGCGGUCGGUUGGACUGUCCAUUAGCGAAGAAAAUUCGAACCUACAUUUGUAAUGAAGGUUGCUAUAAACCGUGCAAAAAGCCAUGUCCUAAAGAUUACUACUGA